AUGCCGUCCUCAAGAACACCAUUACGCGCGCCUCCCCGCAGCAAUGCGCGUUCCCAGUUCGCCUCAACCCCACGGUUUCUGUUCUCGCAGAGACCAGUAGCUCGGCAAAAGCGGGCAGCGGACAGAGACAAUAUUCUUCCAAAAGAUGAUACAGGCCUGCCUCAAGAAUCACAUAGGGCUCUAACUCCUGCCCGUGAUCCGCCGUCGCGCCGAAAGGAAGUGAUUGAAGAUUCCGGCAGCGAUUUGGAUCUAGAUGAGGACUCCCACCAGAGGACUGACAACGGAGUCAGUCCCAGAGGCACCCCAGUUAGUCCACUGCCGGACACGAGCGAGCUAGAUGCAGAGAUUGAGGCCCUUUUUGGUCCCACGAGCAAUCGCCCUAAACGACGCCGUGUCUCUGAUUUAACAGCGCCCGCAACUCAAAGGAGAAAGCCAUAUGAUACCAUCGAGACUUCUCCUCCAGAGUCAUCAUCAUUCGCAACGGAUCCUCCUUCACCAUCUCUGCCCUUUCGUGUGACUCCUCAGAAGACACCGCGACCUCCGGCAACACCUAUAACUGGCAAAUCGUCCGCCCGAGGUCACCCACGCUUCCUUAUCUCUUCGUCAUCUCAAGCACCACCAAAGCCGAAAUUCUCGUUGCCUCGCUCUCCAUCCCCAGAACAGGCGGAUAAUUCAAACGCUAUUCCAACCCCGUUCUCUCCAUCAUCUCGUACACUCCGCCGCCGUGGCCGGCAGCGCUCAUCCGGCCCAAGUUAUCUUCCUGGCAGUAUGGCAGCCGAAGUGCGCAGCUGGGUCCUAGAGAUGGGAACAAAGCGAGAACAGCAAAUUCAAGCUACCCUUGGUCGCCGCAACGAGGAAGAUUCGCACUCGGUUAACACCAACAGGUAUUCACUGAUGCUUCGCAUAAGUAAUGUCCGUCAAUCCGCUCUUAGCAGUUGCGGUCCACUGGCAUUCUUACAGGGUCAAACUAUGGCAUCUCCCGAAGAUUUCGAUCCAGGAAACAAUGUUACGAAAAAUGUCUUACUCAUAGGAUUCCCUCGUUUGCGCGCAGGUGAGAUGCGGACCUCCUCCCGUGUACCUGGCCUCGAAGCGGGAGAUGUAGUAGGUGUCCUUCGGGGAUUAGUCUGGGAAUUGGGGGUGAAGAGUGAUACAAAUCAUAUACCCGAUCAUGAGCAGAUCCUACGCCGUGAGAGUGAACGAUCUCCGGGAUUGGGGAAGUGGCUUGUAGGGAUGGAAUGGGAGGUUAUAUCGCCUACAUAG